UACUAAAUACUGAAUACACUAAACACAAUAGGAGAGAGAGAGAGAGAAGUGUCAGAGGUUAGGGGCAAGUGGGAUCUGGAUCCGCUCAAAGAAGCACACAACACAACAUAACAUAAGGGACACUGCCACCACACGCACACGUUCUAAAGGGAGCUUCAUAGUGAGUGGGAGAGAGUGUGUGUGUGAGAGAGAGAACAACAAAAUAUUGGGUUUUUUUUUUCAUCAUAGUUGAGGUGAGUUUUGAGAGAGAGAGAAGGGUAAAACCAGAAUGAUAAGUUCAGUUCUCAACUUAACAUAGUGUUGUUGUUGUUGUUGCGCAGAACCCCAUAAAAACACAUAAGCAAUUCAUGUUUCUUUCUGCUGCUGCUAUCUGCAACCAUGUUAUAAACAAGGCGGUGGUUUGGUUUUUCAAGUAACUUUGACUACCAUUGUGUUUGAGGUUCAGCGACUGACCAAACCAAAACCAAAACCAAAGACAGAGACUUUAUUUAUCAUGCUUUCAUGGGAAUAUGAGAAAGAAACUCACUGUGCCAUGCCACUACUCAUCCCAAGUUGGUAGGUAGGGCUUGUGUGGUUGAGAAAGAAACUUUUCUUGUACCAGGAGUGAGGAGUGAGAAACAUGACAACCAGAGAAUAGAGAGAGGAGAGAGAGUACACACACAUAACUUGAAGAAACAAAUUUGAAUUUUAGGGAUAGAGUAUAGUUUGUUGUGGAGCUUAAGUUGCAAUCUCUUUGUUCAAUCAUGGAUGGUUACGAAGCUACAAGAAUUGUGUUUGCUAGGAUCCAAAACUUGGACCCAGAAAAUGCAUCCAAAAUCAUGGGUGUACUUCUUCUUCAAGACCAUGGUGAGAAGGAAAUGAUUAGAUUAGCAUUUGGCCCUGAAGCACUUGUUCACUCUGUGAUUCUCAAAGCACGCAAGGAGUUAGGUUUACCUUCGAACUCUCCGCCAACACCCUCUACUCCUCCUUCUCCUUCGCCCUUCCUUUCCAGACAAAGCUCAACUUCUUCCAGGCUUGGUGCUAUCAACCUACCCCCCGCUCUCACCAUUCCAAACCCUUCUUCCACUUCCUCUUCGUGGCCUACUAUGUCUGAGCUUCAAACCCCAGAUGGGUUGAUGAGCCCCAACCAUUUGGUUGUUGGCUCUUCUACUUCUUCAUCUUCCUUACCCUUUUAUGUCAACGGAGGCUCAGAUCCAAUUGAUGACUUUCAGCUUCAGGAUCAGCUUUCUUUCCUUAACGAUGGUUCUCCUACUAGUACUGCUCUUGCUCACAAGACCAACAACCCAGAUUUGUUUUACCCAGCUCACUCAGACUUGUCCUCAAGUCCUACUGGUGUUGCUGACCCUGCUCUCUUUCCCUCCUACGGUUGGGGAGGGUCACUUCAUCGGAGGAGUUGCUCGGUCAAUGAUGCUUGUUUGGGCUCUGAGGACCCCAACUCCGGGUUGGGGUGGAAGCCUUGUCUUUACUUUGCCAGAGGGUACUGCAAGAAUGGGACAAGUUGCAGGUUCCUUCAUGGUGGACUUGGAGAUGCAGAUGGGGCUGCUGCAAUGGUAGGUUCUCCAAGCAAGAUUGAGAUGAUGGAGCAGUGCCAUGAGCUCUUCAGAUCCAAAUCUUCUCAGCAGCACAGAUUGGCUGCUGCUUCUCAGCUCAUGGGCUCUCCAACUUUUCCAUACUCGCCUAAGUGCAUGAAUUUGCUGUUGCAGCAGCAACAGAGCGAUACUCAAAGAGCGGCCGCUGCAGCUCUGAUGAUGAGUGAGGAUUUGCAUAAAUUUGGACGAUCCAGGCUUGAAAGAAAUGAUUUUUCUUUGAACAGUCCUGGAAUGGUGAACCCAGCUUCCAGGCAGAUCUACUUGACUUUUCCAGCAGACAGCACUUUCAGAGAGGAAGAUGUUUCAAAUUACUUCAGCAUUUAUGGCCCAGUCCAAGACGUGAGGAUCCCAUACCAGCAGAAGAGAAUGUUUGGUUUUGUGACAUUUGUUUAUCCUGAGACUGUGAAGCUCAUUCUAUCUAAAGGAAAUCCGCAUUUUGUGUGUGAUGCUCGAGUGCUUGUUAAGCCUUACAAGGAGAAAGGCAAAGUCCCGGACAAGUACAGGAAGCAGCAGCAGGUAGAAAGAGGAGAUUUUUCACCAUGUGGUACUCCUACUGGACUAGAGGCCAGAGACCAAUUUGAUCUUCAACUCGGAGGAAGAAUGUUCUACAAUACUCAAGACAUGCUGUGGAGGAGGAAGCUGGAGGAGCAAGCUGAUUUUCAGCAAGCUCUUGAGUUACAAAGUAGGAGGCUAAUGGGUCUGCAACUUCUUGACAUCAAGAAGCAUCACCAGCGUGCAUUCUCCACUGGAAGUCCAAUUCCUUCCCCCACACACUCUCCUAACAUGUUCAACCAAAAUCUUGUUCUUCCUUCCUUUCACACUAGUUCAGAGGCCCCAAAGGCAGAGAGUGGUUCAUCUUCUGCUCCAGCUAGUAGUACUGCAUCAGUUUCUGCUGGUCAGCAGCAGCCGGUCAACAUAUCUGUUGGCAAGGAAAUGGUGGUCAACGGGGAGAAUGGAUAUGAUGAAGGCAGUGGCAAGCAGAGCCCUAGUCGUGAAGAUCGGGAAUUGCAAGAAUGUUUGGAGCACAAUCUCCCUGAUAGCCCUUUUGCUUCCCCAACAAAAGCUGCUGGUGGUGACUUCAUGGUUUCCUUCUCCAAUGGACCUAAUGAGGCCAUUGAUGCAGAUGCCUCAGGUGCAACUGCCAACUCUAAAUUUGGUACUAGCGCAUUACUUCCACCAGCUUCUGCUCUUGACAUGGGAACUUUCAAAUCCUAUAACUGCCAAAUUCCAAGGUUCUCUUCUAGUCAUGGAACUAUUGGGAUGUUAGCAGGCACCGGUGGAGCAAUUGGCAUUUAGUUUCCUGAUGUUCAGGAAGUUAAAGAAGAGUGAAGAAAGGUUGUAGAGAAUGAGCAGCAGCAGCAGAAGCAGCAGCAUUAGCACCAUGGCGGCCAUGAUCUUGAAUCAUGAAUACUAUACUACUUACUACCAUACAAAAUGCAUACGUAAAAAGUAGUUCAGUAAAGGAAAGUGGGGCAGGCAUUCCCUUUCUUUUGUUGUCAUUAUUGUUGUAGUACCAUUUUCUUUGUUCUGAUGAUGUCUGUAGUAGCUGAAUGAAUGAACCACAGGUUAAAAUAACACAAAGAAUCACCAACCAGAGUGAGUGUGUAGUAGGAAGAACUCCGUGGCACUGUAAUUUUCUUCUUGGAUGUAGUAGUGUUAUUACAGGUAUAAUUCCAAGUGUUUGUACAGCUGGAGCAUUACCCCAGAGAAAAGCAAAGAUGAAAAAAUGCACAAGAGAGUUGUUUAACUAGAAGGCUGAUUGAAAGAAAGUGUAUAAUUGUUAGUGUCAUUAGCUGGGUUGAAGUUCAAAGUUGGAGACUUUUUUUAGCUUUCGAUGAUGUUAUGUUUCAGUUUAUGUUUGUAGCUGUUCUACUUAGUUGUUAUACACAGUUAUGAAUGAUGAUGAUGAUGAUGAUGCGAGACAGAAAAGAGAAAGAAUUAGAAAGAAGAAUGAAAAGUGAGUUUUUAGACUAAUUGGUCUAUUUGCCUCUUCCUCUUUUGAUUUUAAAGGAGAAUUUGUCUGUUUGUUCCUUCAAUUAUUUAGGAGGGUUUCAAUUUGCAAAAAUGGUGGGGUCUGUGUUUUUUUUUUUUGCCAUUAUUGGUGAGGAAAGAAGAUAGGGUCCACAACUCACACAAUCACAUGGGGUUGCUGACACUGCAUGUGGGGGCCACACUCAUUUAUAUAAUGACAGGUUGUGCAUAUAGGUCCCUCUACCCAUGUGAGUGAUGCCAGUGCCACUUUCUCUCUCUUAGAUAUUUAUCUCUCUACCCUUUAGAUUCUCUUUCAUGACAGGAAAGGACAUGCACAGAUCUAAAAGUAGGGUAGAUGCCCACACGUAUGACAAAACUCGCCAGUUACACGAAUCUUUUGGGCUCUGUGGCCGUGCCAGUUACUGUGUUUAACUUUACCUCUCUCUCUCUCCCAAAUGCCCCCUAGGUGUUUGUGAAAAGUAAAAAUGUUUGUGUGGUGGUGUGAGAUGAGAGAAAAAGGUUGAAAAAAAAAAACCAGUGAGAGUGGGAUAAGCACGAGCCGCAAUGUUGGUUGGUUUGUUUUGACACGUUAGUAUGAUGAUUCAACUUGCGACCAUAGGCAAAGAGAAGGUUACCUCAAUGGUGGUGUGACCCAUGACUAGUGACCAGUAAGUAAAUCCAUGGUCUGUUUCUUGGAAGUUCACGAAUUAGAUUGUGUUUUGGGGACUGAAUUCUAUGUGUGAUUAAUGGCGCUGUUCCCUUUAUGAUGAAGACAUGUUUGCACAUGUCACGGUCCUAUGCGUGCAUGUGGUUAUAUUUUAGUGGCAUAGGAUUCUAGAAACAUGGUCAAUCGGGAAACAGAUGUUAACCUCUGAUUGUUGCAAUUUCAAGUGCAGUGUUUGUGGUCGGAUUGUAUACUACUUUCACAGCAAAAGAAAAUAAUAUAUUUUUGUUUUUUUUCAA